AUGGAAUUAAUGGGCGGUAUAAUUGAUAAAUUCAGACUUAUUCGUUUGAAUCGUAUACCAUCUGUAACCAGAAUUUUACCGUACAAUUUAAUUAAUUUGCAAGCAACAUCUAGACAAAUUCCAGCUCAAUUACGUGAUCAGUCUCAUGAGAAUACGGAUUAUGAAAUGAAAAUGAUAAAGGGAAUACAACAAUUAAAUAUUGAGUCUUCUGGAGAAAAUCAAAUGAUCACUGAGUCAAUAUUAGAAACAGAUAACUUAGAACAAAAUUUACAUUCGCUAAUAUCUACAGAAGAUUUAGAAAUGGAAUUAAUGGGCGAUAUAAUUGAUAAAUUCAGACUUAUUCGUUUGAAUCGUAUACCAUCUGUGACCAGAAUUUUACCGUACAAUUUAAUUAAUUUGCAAGCAACAUCUAGACAAAUUCCAGCUCAAUUACGUGAUCAGUCUCAUGAGAAUACGGAUUAUGAAAUGAAAAUGAUAAAGGGAACACAACAAUUAAAUAUUGAGUCUUCUGGAGUAAAUCAAAUGAUCACUGAGUCAAUAUUAGAAACAGAUAACUUAGAACAAAAUUUACAUUCGCUAAUAUCUACAGUUAUUGGUAUUAUUGAUGAACAAAUCAGUCGACCGAGUUUUCCAUGGUGA